AUGGCAGCGGACACGGUUCCUAGGGGAAAAUGGUGGAAGAUUCAGUGGUAUUCCGACGAUGACACGCUGGAGGAGCGAAAGUUCAUUGUUAAGCUAGAUCUGAUCGUGGUGCCGUACGCUGUCAUUGCAUACUGGGUAAAAUACAUAGACAAUGCCUACGUUGGAGGGAUGAAGGAGGAACUCGGAUUCAAAGGGAACGAGCUCGUGGAACUCCAGACCAUGUACACGGUUGGCGCCGUUGUAGGCAUGAUACCGUUUAUGUUCAUCUUCACCUAUGUGCCCAUGUACUGGACGAUUCCAGCUAUGGAUGUACUCUGGGGUCUAUUCACGCUUCUACAAUACCGCGCGCACUCAUUCGGAGAGAUGGCUGCCUACCGCUUCCUGGUUGGCUUCUUCGAGGCCGCUUUCUUUCCAGCUAUGCACUACGUAUUUGGUUCUUGGUACCGAGGACAUGAGAUCGCCCGGAGAGGCGGCAUCUUCUACACUGGGUUGAAUCUCGGGACCCUAACGGCCGGUCUCAUCGCAGCCGGGGCUUCGCAUCGUCUGGAGGGAGUUCAGGGGAUGUCUGGAUGGCGUUGGAUGUACAUCAUUUGCGCGGUCAUUACAAUCCCAGUCGGGAUCCUCGGUUAUUUUCUGCUACCAGGUACCGUCGAACAGCCGAACCGCUGGAUCCUCAACGAGCACGAUAUCAAGAUCGCGAAAGCUCGGCUCGAGCGCGGCGGCCACGUUACGCGCGGCAAGUUCAAGCUCGGCCAUCUCAAGCAGAUCUUCCUCAGCCCACAGUUCUGGACGGUCGUCCUUGUGGACAUACUGUUCUGGAACGCUGGAAUACACAAGAGCACCGGAAGCUUCUUGCUGUGGAUCAAGAGCCUGGACUUGGUCCUUGGCCCGGCCUGGGCAAUCACGUUUUCCUCACUCCGGAACGUCGCCGGGCUAAUCAUGCUUGUCGUGUGGGAUAUCCCCGAAGGCGCGAAGUGGUUUGCGUUCGCGACUAUGUACUGGUCCAACGCACUCUCGAGUGUCUUGCAUGGCUGGGUCAACACCAUCCUCCGUGAUUCCCCUGAGCAACGGUCCUUCACGCUAGUUUUGAUUACCAUCAUCGCACAGUCUUCGACAGCUUGGACGCCGCUGCUGACAUUUCCCACUGUGGAGUCACCAAACUAUCCUAAAGGCUUUUCUUUCUGCCUUGGCUGUGCUGUGUCAUUGAUUGUCGCCACUCACAUUCUAGACGUUUACAUCAAGCGUAAAGAGUAA